AGCGACGACCUGGGAGCGAGCUGGAGGGAGCUGGGGAGAGCGCGCGAACCUCUAGCUUAAGCUCGAGGGACUUCCCGCCGGGAUGCCUGGGGAGCAGAUGGACCCCACUGGAAGUCAUUUGGAUUCCGAUUUCUCUCAGCAAGAUACUCCCUGCCUGAUAAUUGAAGAUUCUCAGCCUGAAAGUCAGGUUCUAGAAGAUGAUUCUGUUUCUCACUUCAGUGUGUUAGCCAGGCAUCUUCCUAAUCUACAGACGCACAAAGAGAAUCCUGUGCUGGAUGCUGUGUCCAAUCCUGAACAGACAGCUGGAGGAGAACAAGGAGACACUAAUAGUGGGUUGAAUGAGCAUUUGAAAGAAAGCAAGCCUUCAGUUAUUUUUCCAGAGCCUACGGAUUCUUCUCAUCUGGACACAUGUGGUUCCAUUAGUCAGGUCAUUGAACAGUUGCCUCAGCCAAAUAGGACAAGCAGUGUUCUGGAAAUGUCGGUGGAAUCUAGUCUUGUGGGCGAAGAGAAGAAAGAAGAAGGGGUGGAAGAGCAGGAGGAAGAUACUCACAGUCCUCCACCUGCCAUAGGUGACGAAGAUCCUGCUUCAUCACAAUUGGGCUUUGGAGUUUUGGAACUGUCCCAGAGCCAGGAUGUUGAAGAGCAUACAGCGCCAUAUGAAGUGGACAAAGAGCAUGAACUGCCAGUACCCUCUGACUCUGCUCAUGCCAGGCCACCUGACAUGGAUGCUGACAAUGUGAAACAUGGAGAACACUCCAAUGAGGAAAUCCCUGUGACAGGAUUUCCCAGCAGGGAAGUCCCCAUGGUAGGAGAGACCAGUAAGGACCCACAUGCUGUGGAAGAGCAAAAUCCAGCACCUACACGGUCAGAUGACAUGCCUUCUAAUUCCAAAGUAUCUCUUGCUGCUGUGGAAACAAAAGAACAGAUAACUGCUCGGGAGCUUCUGGAAGGUGAGCUGCAGCUUCAGAAGACACCAGAGCCCGAGAUUUUGUCAACUCAGGAUGACUUGUUCGACCAAAGCAAUAAAACAGACCCUGAUAGUUGCUCAACUCCUUUAAGGGAGGAGAGUGGAUGUUCUCAGACCUCCACACCUGCCACCACUCUGCAACUCUUACAGCUCUCUGGUCAGAGGUCCCUUAUUCAGGAGAGCCUAUCCACGAAUUCCUCAGAUCUUGUUGCUCCUUCCCCUGACGCUUUUCGAUCUACCCCAUUUAUCGUCCCUAGCAGUCCCACAGAGCAAGGCGAGAGAAAAGAUAAGCCAGUGGACGUGUCCAUGUUAUCUGAGGAAGGAGGAGGAGCAGCUUUCCCGAAGAAGCUUGAGGAUGAACAAAUGGAGAUAGAAACCCCACCUGAGCCCACUGUGUCACCACAAGCCUCAACCCCAGUCUCUCAGAGCACACCAGUCUUCACUCCUGGGUCACUUCCUGUCCCGUCCCAGCCCGAGUUUUCUCAUGACAUUUUCAUUCCAACUCCAAGUCUGGAAGAAGGAUCACAUGAUGGGAAAAAAGGUGGAGACUUACAUAGUUCAUCUUUGAUUCCUGAGUGUUCUAAAGCUUCAAGGAUUGAACCAAAAAAUUCCACUGAAGAUCUUGGGCUGUCUUUGACAGGGGAUUCUUGCAAGUUGAUGCUUUCAGCAAGUGACUAUAGUCAGUCUCCAAAUACAGAGAGUUUGACUGCUCACAAAACUGAUGAAGAUGGAGAAAACACACAGAUUGAGGAUAUUGAGCCCAUGUCUCCAGCUCUCAAUUCUAAACUUGUUCCCACUGAAAAUGACAAUAUUCUAGUGGAUCCAGCGCAGGAUGCCCAAGGAGAACUGAGUCAUAAUGAUGAUGACAAGACAAAAGGACACGAAACAGAGACCAGAGAUGACAUUGGUAUUUUAGCUACUGGUUGCAAAGAAACUGUAGCAGAAGACAUUUGUAUUGAUCUCACUUGUGAUUCAGGGAGUCAGGCAGUUCCUUCUCCAGCUGCUAGAUCCGAGGCACUCUCUAGUGUGUUAGAUCAGGAGGAAGCCAUUGAAAUUAAAGACCACCAUCCAGAGGAGGAAUCUUCAGGGUCUGAAGUGGAAGAAAUCCCUGAGACUCCUUGUGAAAGUCAAGGAGAAGAACCUAAAGAAGAAAAUAAGGAGAAUACCCCAUUUCACCUGUCUCUGACGGAAACACAGCCCCAAGGCUUGUGUCUUCAAAAUGAAAUCUCAAAGGAAGACUGUCAGGAAGCUAUGGAAGUUGAAACCAGUGUGAUUAGCAUUGAUUCUCCCCCGAAACUGCCAGUGCUUGACCAAGAAUUAGAACACAAGGAUCAGGAAGCUUGGGAAGAAGCUACUUCUGAGGACUCAAGUGUUGUCAUUGUAGAUGUGAAGGAUCCAUCUCCCAGAGUUGACGUUUCUUCUGAACCUCUGGAAGGAAUUGAGAAAUGCUCAGAUUCCCAGUCUUCGGAAGAUAUUGCUCCAGAAAUAGAACCAUGUGCUGAGACUAGACCAGAUGCCCAGGAGGAAAAGAGUGCAGAAUAUGAAGACGAUCGGAAAUCAGUAACUGCAGAAAAGGAACCUAUAGUGGAAGACUCUCCACAGCCCCCUUUGCCUCCACUGAGAAAUGCUACUGUAAGACCUGAACAGGAAAUACAGCAAGCCCAACCUCAAGAGAAACCUGAUAAUGCAUUAACUGAAGACCCAAAAGUGGCUAACGCAAAGCAGCAGUUGGGCUCUGGGGUAGAGGCCCAGAAUCUGGAAAAGGCCUCUGCCCAUGCUUCACAGAGUUUCUGCGAAAGUUCUAGUGAAACUCCAUUUCAUUUCACUUUGCCUAAAGAAGGUGACAUUAUCCCACCCUUGACUGGCGCAACCCCACCUCUCAUUGGGCACCUUAAAUUGGAGCCCAAGAGACACAGUACUCCUAUUGGUAUUAGCAACUAUCCAGAAAGCACUGUGACCACCAGUGAUGUUAUGUCUGAAAGCAUGAUGGAGACCAAUGACCCCAUUCUUGAGAAUGAAAAAGGAGAUUCUGAGGCUGCUCCAGUGAUGGAUGAUAAAUUAUGCCUAAGAAUGAAACUGGUCAGUCCUGAAACGGAGACUAGUGAAGAAUCUUUGCAAUUUAGCCUGGAAAAGCCUGCAACUAGUGAAAGAAAAACCACUGUUGCUGAGUCUGUUGCCAGUCCCCAGAAGACCAUAUCUGUGUUUAGCUGUGUCUGUGAAACCAGGCAAGAGGAUGAGGCCCGAAAUCAGGAUCCCCCCUCUGCACCCAUCAGGGAGAACUUGCUUCAUUUUCCAAGUACUCAAGAAGAAGCAAAGAAGGAAAAAUUGGAGGGUGACCAAAGGACUAGGCAGAAUCCACAGCCUUUGCAAUCUCUUAGCGUUGCCAAGGAGUCUGCUGCUCCUACCUCCCAGCAGAUGGCCUCACAAGGACCAUCCGAUCCUCAAGUAGAAGCAAUGGAGACUGAUGUUCCAGAGAGCCAGAAAGAACGACGGGAUACCAAUCAGGAAAAACUUAGUAAAGCUAUUAUUGAAAGGCCUAGCCAAAAUAACAUAGGAAUCCAGACCAUGGAGCGUUCCCCAUGGGCCCCAGAAACUGUUUCAGCAGCAACCCAGACUAUAAAGAAUGUAUGUGAGCAGGGGACCAGUACAGUGGAGCAGAACUCUGGAAAACAAGAUGCCACAGUUCAGACUGAGAAGGGGAGUGGUGAGAAACUGGCCAUUGUCCCUGGGGAUGAGACUGAGUCACUGCAUAGCCAGGGAGAGGAAGAGUUUGAAAUGCCUCGGCCUCCGCGCGGCCAUGUCUUACAUCGCCACAUGCGAACAAUCCGGGAAGUGCGCACUCUGGUCACUCGUGUCAUCACAGACGUGUAUUACGUGGACGGAACGGAAAUAGAAAGAAGAGUAACCGAGGAGUCCGAAGAUCCAGUUGUAGAAUGUCAGGAGUGUGAAACUGAAGUUUCCCCUUCACAGACGGGGGGCUCCUCUGGUGAUCUGGGGGAUAUCAGCUCCUUCUCCUCGAAAGCAUCCAGCUUACACCGCACAUCGAGUGGGACGAAUCUCUCAGCCAUGCACAGCAGUGGCAGCUCAGGGAGAGGAGCCGGACCACUCAAAGGGAAAACCAGCGGGACAGAGCCCGCAGAUUUUGCCUUACCCAGCUCUCGAGGAGGCCCAGGAAAACUGAGUCCUAGAAAAGGGGUCAGUCAGACAGGGGCGCCAGUGUGUGAGGAGGAUGGUGAUGCAGGCCUUGGCAUCAGACAGGGAGGGAAGGCUCCAGUCACGCCUCGUGGGCGCGGGCGAAGGGGCCGCCCGCCUUCUCGGACCACUGGAACCAGAGAUACCACUGCUCCUGGCCUCUUGGGCAUAGAGGAUAUCUCACCCAGCAUGUCGCCAGAUGAGAAAGCCUUCACUCGCAUCGUGCCCCGAGCACCAGACUCCAGCAGGCGUGCAGACCUGGGUGCUGGUGCUUUGCGCCGCAGUGAUUCCCCAGAGAUUCCUUUUCAGGCUGCUGCUGGCGCCUCUGAUGGCUUGGACACCUCCUCUCCAGGGAACAGCUUUGUAGGCCUCCGGGUGGUAGCCAAGUGGUCAUCCAAUGGUUACUUUUACUCCGGGAAAAUCACCCGAGAUGUCGGAGCUGGGAAGUAUAAAUUGCUCUUUGAUGAUGGGUACGAGUGCGAUGUGUUGGGCAAAGACAUUCUAUUGUGUGACCCCAUCCCGCUGGACACUGAGGUGACGGCCCUCUCCGAGGAUGAGUAUUUCAGUGCAGGAGUGGUGAAAGGGCACAGGAAGGAGUCCGGGGAGCUGUACUACAGCAUUGAAAAAGAAGGACAGCGGAAGUGGUAUAAGCGCAUGGCUGUCAUUUUAUCCUUAGAGCAAGGCAACAGACUGCGAGAGCAGUAUGGGCUUGGCCCGUACGAGGCAGUAACACCCCUCACCAAAGCCGCAGAUAUCAGCUUAGACAAUUUGGUGGAAGGGAAGCGGAAACGGCGCAGUAACAUCAGCUCCCCAGCCACUCCUACGGCCUCCAGUAGCAGCAGCACAACUCCUACCCGUAAGAUCACAGAGAGCCCUCGUGCCUCCCUGGGAGUUCUCUCUGGCAAAAGAAAACUCAUCACUUCUGAAGAAGAACGGUCCCCUGCCAAGCGCGGUCGGAAGUCUGUAACUGUGAAACCUGGGGCAGCGGGGCCAGGAGAGUUUGUGAGCCCCUGUGAGAGUGGAGACAACUUGGUUGAGCCUUCUGUCCCGGAAGAGCAAAGGGGGCCUUUGCCCCUCAACAAGACCUUAUUUUUAGGCUAUGCCUUUCUCCUCACCAUGGCAACAACCACGGACAAGCUAGCCUGCCGCUCCAAACUGCCAGAUGGCCCAUCAGGAAGUAGUGAGGAAGAAGAAGAGUUUUUAGAAAUUCCUCCUUUCAAUAAGCAGUAUACAGAGUCCCAGCUUCGAGCCGGAGCUGGCUAUAUCCUCGAAGACUUCAAUGAAGCCCAGUGUAACACAGCCUACCAAUGUCUCCUAAUCGCGGAUCAGCAUUGUCGAACCCGGAAGUACUUCCUGUGCCUUGCCAGUGGGAUUCCUUGUGUGUCUCAUGUCUGGGUCCAUGACAGUUGCCAUGCCAAUCAGCUCCAGAACUACCGCAAUUAUUUGUUGCCAGCCGGAUACAGCCUUGAAGAGCAAAGAAUUCUGGACUGGCAACCCCGAGAAAACCCUUUCCAGAAUCUGAAGGUACUCUUGGUGUCAGAUCAACAACAAAACUUUCUGGAGCUCUGGUCUGAGAUCCUUAUGACUGGCGGGGCAGCCUCUGUGAAGCAGCACCAUUCAAGUGCCCAUAACAAAGAUAUUGCUUUAGGGGUAUUUGAUGUGGUGGUGACAGACCCAUCCUGCCCAGCCUCGGUGCUGAAGUGUGCUGAAGCAUUGCAGCUGCCUGUGGUGUCACAAGAGUGGGUGAUCCAGUGCCUCAUUGUUGGGGAUAAAAUUGGAUUCAAGCAGCACCCAAAAUACAAACACGAUUAUGUUUCUCACUAAAGAUACGUGGUCUUAUCAGUUUUAUUCCUUGUUGUUGUGAAAAUUGUGUUUUAACCAGAUUUUAAAUGUGUCUCGUGUGUAACUGGAUUCUUUGCAUGGAUCUUGUAUAUAGUUUUAUUUGCUGGACUUUUAUGAUAAAAUAAAUGUUGAAUCUCUUUGGUUGUA